AUGACAAGACAAAAAUGUCUUCAACUUCAAGUAAUCUUGACACUUUUCGUAUUCCAAAAGUCACCGUGUCAUCUGGAAAGUCUUCCGACAAGUUUGCAGCAGGGGAAAGAAAAGUUACCUACAACAAAUCCAGCCGCCCAGAGACAUACAAACCGAGUGGGCGUGGACGUGGCAGAACAGACAGAAAAUGACUCAGUAAGUAUAAUAGCAAAAUGUCCAGAGAUACCUGUUGGAGGGAGAUUAAAACAUUUUCUUCCAAAAUGGCAAGAAGUGACCAAAGACCAAUGGGCCAUAGAUGUAAUAAAGAAUGGUUACAAACUGGAGUUUAUAGAAAUACCACCAUUUAUGGGAAUAAAGCAUUCAAAAACAAAUUUAAAAAAUCCAGAUUUAAUAGGAAUAGAAAUUCAAGAGCUUAUAGCAAAGAAUGCAAUAGAAAAAGUUCCUUCAAAUUUGACAAAAACAGGUUUUCACAGUACGUUAUUUAUUGUGGCAAAAAAGUCGGGGGAAAUGAGACCCGUUAUAAAUCUCAAUCCUCUAAACAGGUAUCUCAAGAAAAAAACACUUCAAGAUGGAUACCAUGAAAAAAGUUCAAAAUCUAGCUCGAAAAGGAGAUUGGGCAAUCAGUCUAGACUUAAAGGAUGCAUAUUUUCAUGUCGAAAUACACAAAAAACACCGAAAAUAUCUCCGGUUUUGUUACAAAGGAGUAGUGUAUCAAUUCAGAGAGCACUAUGUUUCGGUCCAACAGUAGCGCCACGAGUGUUCACAAAAAUUACAUCAGUAGUGGCAACACAUCUCAGAAAGCUCAGCAUACGUUUAGCAACUUACCUAGACGAUUGGUUGUCUCUGAACAAAAUGAGACAUCGUCUUUUAGAAAAUCGCAUAACUAUUCUAAAUCUUCUUUUCGAGCUAGGUUUCAUCGUGAACAAAAAGAAAUCAAGUCUGGUGCCUUCACAAUCAGUAAUUUACAUAGGGGGUCAUUUUGCUCUAGACAAGGGACUAGUAUACCCAACAUCAGAGAGAGUUGUAGGGCUGAAAGUGGCAGUAAGCAGUCUACUUCAGGAUCAGAUUACAGUAAGGGAUUACCUAGUAUUUCUUGGAAAGGUAGCGUCUUGUUUGGAUUUGAUUCCAAAUGCAAGGUUGUUCAUGCGACCAGUCCAGCUUCAUUUGCUGCGGAACUGGAGUCCAAUGAAAAUGUCUUUUUCCCAUCAAAUUCCUGUUACACCUCCAUUGAGAUUACAUCUUCAAUGGUGGUUACAGGAAGUGAACAUUCUCAAAGGGUUCUGUUUUCAACAAAGCCAGUCGAAUGUUACGCUGACCACAGAUGCAAGCAGCACUUGGGGUUGGGGUGGCAAUAUGAACAACCUUGCUGUGCAAGGACGUUGGACUCCAAUGCAACAGCUCCAGCAUAUCAAUUGUCUGGAGAUGGAGGCAGUUUUCAGGAGUGUCAAGCAUUUCCUAUCCCACUUGAAAAACAAGAAUGUUUUGAUACGUUCAGACUAUUCAACAGAAGUACAGUACAUCAACAAGCAAGGGGGUACGAAAUCACUGAAUCUCUGCCAAAAAACAUGGGACCUUUGGAUGCUUGCCCUAGAAAAUGGCAUGACUCUGAAGGCAGCCCUCUAUAGCAGGAGACACGAACUAACUGGCAGAUGUUCUUAG